AUGUUCACGAGAUGGAACUGCACCCUUGAAGCAAAGGCGAGGGAAUUGACGAAAAAUUGUGCUCAUUCCAGAGUUCAAUUGCCCAAUUUCGGAAAGAAUGUAUACAAUGACACUGUGCCAGAAGCAGUAACCGGAAACCCAAGCGAGAUUAGAAUGCGAAAGUAUAACUUCAUAAGUGCAGCAAUAGAUGAUUGGCUCAUGCCAUCAGAUCAAUAUCCCAUAGAGGAUGAUGUCAGUUACAAUGAGAGUUUGUACAGUGACAGCAAUCUGUACACUUUCGCCAAUGUAAGUUACUUAUUUGUUCCCGCCCGUCAUUUUUGUCCAUCUGAACCGGUACAAUCGAUUUUUAGAUGGCCUAUGAUAAGAUAUUACGAAGUCGGGUGCAAUUAUGAAGAGUGCCAAAGAAAAGAUGAGAUCGAAGCUUCGCUUAUUUGCAUCUACAACACAGUAGUUCCUGACCACGCAAGGCUGUACGAAGUAGGCAGCAAGGACCCUGAUACUGCGGGCUGCAACAAGGAUAGCACCGUCUGUCAACAUCUUCGUAAAGCAAAUGCCACCUGCGAUGACCUUCUCUGCAAAUUACCCAAUGUGGUUUCAAGUUUCCUCUGA